CCCCCACAGACCGGAUCAGCUGUUGCCCGCAGAGUCCGUGCAGACCCCCAGAGGACCGGACCCGAGAUGAGGCUGCUGCCAGUCGCCGCGUCGCUGUCCCUCGCGGUGGCGGUCGCUUACUACGUGUACACCCCGCUGCCCGACGCCAUCCAGGAGCCGUGGAAGCUCCUGCUGCUGGACGCCGGGUUCCGGACAACGAUCCAUCUGGCCUCUCUGAAGUCGUGGCUGGGCUUCGACCACUACAUCACGUCCAUCAGGCAGUCCGCGGAGGGCUUCGACGGCAUGGUGGAGGGGCUGGUCGGUUCCGAGUCCGGCGGAGGGGUCAUGCCCGGGGUCAAGGUCAGCGACAUCACCUUCGCCGGCGUCCCGGUCCGCGUGUACGAGCCCCCGGCCGGAGGGGAGGGCCACCUGAGGAGAGGCGUGAUGUAUUUCCACGGGGGAGGCUGGGCCCUCGGCACCGGCAAGAAGGGCGCGUACGAUGCCAUGAACCGGAUGUUGUCCGACGAGCUCAACGCCGUCGUGGUCUCGGUUGAGUACCGUAUGUAUCCGGAGGUGACCUUUCCGGUGCCGUAUCUAGACUGCCUCGCCGCCGCCGAGCACUUCCUGUCCCCGGAGGUCCAGGCCAGGUACGCCAUCGACCCCGAGCGCGUGGCCGUGGCGGGCGACAGCGCCGGGGGGAACCUGGCCGCCGCGGUCGCCCAACAGAUUUCCGCCGAUGAGACCACGAGGGUGAAGUUCAGCGUCCAGGCGUUGAUCUAUCCGGCGCUCCAGGCACUGGACUUCAACACGCCGUCCUACCUGCAGAACCAGAACGUGCCCCUCCUCCGCCGGCCCCUCAUGCUCCGCUUCUGGCUGCAGUACCUCGGCGCCGACCUCUCCCUCCUGGACCAGUGGCUGGCCAACGACCACCCGGGCAUCACCCCGGAGCUGCGGGCGCGGCUGGACUGGACCGCCCUGCUGCCCCCGAAGCACAAGGGGAACCGCGGGCGGCCCGUGGCGGCGGCGGUGGAGAAGGGGUCCUCGCGGGGGCCGGCCAAGGAGCCGCCGGGCCUGCUGGACGUGAGGGCGUCGCCGCUGUUGGCGGGGCCCGAGGUUCUGGCCAAGUGCCCCCGGGCGUACAUCGUGACGUGCGAGCACGACGUGCUGCGGGACGACGGCCUGAUGUACGCGCGGCGCCUGCGGGACGCCGGCGUCUCCGUCGCCGCCGUCCACUACGAGGACGGCUUCCACGGAUGCUUCAUCCUCGUCGCCUGGCCGAUGGACUUCGACGUGGGCAGGAGAGCCGUGAGGGGCUACCUCGACUGGCUGCAGAAGAACUUAUAGAGAGUGUGUGUGUGUGUGUGUGUGUGUGUGUUUCAUUGAUACUGCUUUCUGAAUCAGACUUGCUAAGGGCUAGCUCUCUCUCUCUCUCUCUCUCUCUCUCUCACACACACACACACACCCCACUGGGACCAUUGAACAGAAAUACUUCCCACUCGUGCAAUUUAUGAAUAAAUCAUCUUCACCAGAAAUACAUGAGCAACAUACGUCACGUUCAAAUGGUUUUAUACUUAUUUUGUUAACAUAAAAAACAAGCAAUAGUGCUCGUCAGCGCUGGUCUAAAUAGUCUGAUGCACGGCACGUUAACCCCCCCCCCCUCAAUUGUAAUAACUUUGGUGGGUUCCCUUAACUUUUUAUUAUGUCGGAAUUUUAAUUUUUUCAUGAACAAAAUACCUAAAAAGCUAAUGAGUCAUCAGCCACCGCAGUAUUGUUUAAGCUUCAUAGCCUCACAGAGCUGCAUCCCCCUAUAGAAUAAUGAAUAUAGUAGAAUAAAUAUGUGUCAGCUCUAUGAACCCCUCCUUAUGUGUUUAAUCUGAUCAAAUGCAUGCAUUUAAACUGAAGGGCUUUAAAUGACUUAAUUUGACUUGUAAAUUUAAUUUUCACAUCUUUUAAACUUCUGUUUUUUAAACACAUACUUCCUCCGUCUUCGCUGCUUACGGUUAUAAUUUUUGACCAAACAUGAAUAAAGAAAUGUGAAGUCAAACUUAUAAA